UCCGCGCGAUUCGAGAGACACGCAUGCGCACAUUUCUUGAACGAAGCCCGCGAAUUUCGAUUUAAAUUUUUUUUUAUUAUUUUUGUUUUGUUAUAAUUGUGUGGAAAUUGUAAUUUAAAAUAUUUAAAGGGUAUCGUAGCCGAAAAUGAUUAAAUAAUUACGUCGAUAUGUUAAUGGGAUGUUAAGUAUCAAAGCAUUUGAACGAUAAUAUCAGUUUGACGCCCCAUCUUGAGAAACACUGACGACUGUCUACGAAAAUCUAGAAAUGGUAUAACGUUUUAAUAUUAUAGAGUGCUUGGUUUUAAUUUCUGAAUAUUCAUCUUAGUGUGAAAAGUGUAUAAAAUGACGAAAGCUGAGAAAAACGUCGAAUUUAAGUCGAGUGAAACCAGACGAAUCGUGAAAAAUGUGGUUGUCAUCAGUUUGGCUUUCAUGGUCCAGUUCACCGCUUACAGCGGGGCAGCUAACCUUCAGAGUUCAAUAAACGCGGAGGCUGGUCUGGGCACAGCGUCAUUAGCGGCGGUGUAUGCGGGUCUUAUAUUCUCGAAUAUUUUCCUUCCUGUGGUUGUUAUCAGAUGGCUGGGCACGAAAUGGGCGAUGUCGCUGUCGUUCGUUGCGUACAUGCCUUACAUCGCAGCCCAAGUGUGGCCCUCCUUCUACACGCUGAUACCGGCUGGCCUGAUCGUUGGUUUGGGCGGGGGACCUCUGUGGUGUUCGAAGUGCACUUAUUUAUCUGUUGUUUCCGAAGCACAUAGCAAAAUAUCAAAUAUUUCUGCAGAGGCGUUGUUGACCCGUUUUCUUGGACUUUUCUUCAUGAUAUUCCAGCUGAAUCAAGUUUGGGGAAACCUUAUCUCUUCCGUUGUGCUGUCAUCUGGUGAUAACCAAGCUGCAGUGACCGCGGUGAACGCGACAUUGAUCCCGGAGUUAUGUGGUGCCAACUUCCUGCCGAGUGCUGAUGCUGGAGAGGCUCUACAGCAGCAGCCCAUCGAAAAGAUACAGAUGAUUGCUGGCAUUUAUUUGGCAUGUAUGGCAGCAGCAGCGCUUAUUAUAGCAAUUGGCGUGGACUCCAUGAAAAGAUAUGACUCAGGACGAACAGGCUCAGGCUCCAAUCUAUCAGGCAUGGCGCUUUUGGCUGUAACACUGCAGCUCCUAGUGGAACCCAAUCAGCUAAUGCUGGUCAUUAUAAAUAUCUUCAUUGGCAUGCAACAGGCCUUCUUCGGGGCUGACUUCACUGCGUCGUUCGUCUCAUGCGCAAUUGGGACCGGCACCGUGGGUUUUGUGAUGCUCACAUUCGGUAUAGCGGAUGCCAUUGGAUGUGUUGUUACUGGAUAUAUUGCUAAGAUAACAGGUCGCAUACCGCUCAUCUGCGCGGCGACGCUGGUGCACUCCGCGCUGUUCGUGACGUUGCUGGUGUGGCGGCCGCAAGCGCACCAGGCCUACGUGAUGUUCAUCAUCGCGGUGCUGUGGGGCCUGAGCGACUCCGUGUGGAUGGUGCAGCUUAAUGCGUACUACGGUAUCCUAUUCCCCGGUAGAGAAGAGGCGGCCUUCUCGAACUUUCGUCUUUGGGAAUCAGUGGGCUACAUCAUAGCGUACGUCAUAUCUCCCCACCUCAGGACCAGCUCGAAGACUUACGUGCUCGCGGUCAGCAUGGCGGUGGGCGUGUUCUUGUAUUUCGUAGUGGAGUAUCGCGAUAGGCGGGAAAAGAGGAAAAAUAACGCGAAAUUGAAUGUGAUUAGCAAUAUUGGUUUAGAUAAUAAGGCUUUUGCGAUAUCUGAAUAGAUUGACUAGGUUGUAAAUCGGAUAAUAAUUUAAUUGUUACAUUUUGAAGAUUUAUUUAAUGUGGACGUAAUUUUAUGACGUGAUAUAAAUUUGACAUUUAAGGAUAUUAACAUCAUGUUGCUAGACGUAAAAAGGGUCAAAGAUUACAAAAUAACCUAGUGGCCUUAAAAGCAGGAGUAAUUCCUGUGAGUGAUGCCCAUGGAUGAUCUAUCUUUGUCUCUUUCACAUCCUAACUACUUUUUUUACUUUUCUCGGACUCCUGCAAGAAUUUCCGAAGUAGAAAUCGAGUUCUGCAAUUUAUUCUAUAACGAAGUAACAAUAAUAACAAACUAUUGUUUCUUUCAAUUUUUAUUGUUUGCAUUGUAUAAUAUAAUUUAAUUUAUUCCCAUAUUUAUAGUGAAGAAGACGAGCGGUACCUCCUGACACAGGUUAUUUUCAAUCUUACAAGUAUCGUCCCAAUCAUAAACGUGUUUAUCUUAUUGUGACAAAUAUAAAUAAUUUGAAUUUAAAAAUUUUAUCGCCUAACUUUAUGUAAUGCGUUACACACAAUGCGCACGAAGGGUCAGCGCUACAUUUGAUAAAAUAUGGUGAGAUUUUUAGUUCUUACAUUGAAGGUCCUACACUGGUCUACCAAGAAAGUUAACUGUAAUUUUAUAUGCCAAUUUCUAGUUUUAUUUUUAUACGAAUGUCGCCAAUAUGUAUACUUAUGCACUUUAAAUAUAUCAUUACGAGGGAUAUGAACAAUAAUUAGCAUUUUUAUCAUUGCAGUAUACGAAAUAAUUAUUAUUUUAUAGUGGAAGGCUAUAUAAAAAGUCUGUAAUAAAACAAUGUAAUGAUAAAUUAUCUAUUAUAAUAAGCUACGAAAUGGGUAACGGUAUAAAAUUCAUACCUGACAUCAAUUUAAAGAUAGAUGCAUGUUAUUUAUACACAGAUGCAUACAGUAUGCUUAAUUAUAUCCAUAAUUCAUAGAGUGUUUAUUUAUUUUUAAAUUAAGAUUAGCUUUUGUUUAGUAUUAUUUGUUAUAUUUAAUCGAAAUAUGUAUA